AUGGAAAUUAGUGAUAUUGAACUACUAGACAAAGAACCAUUAAGCGACGAAGAAGAGAAGAAAGAGAAGGAGGAGCUCAUGGUUAAAGAGGUCAAAGAGGUUGAAGAGGUUGAGUACCAAUAA